GUCGCCGACCGUAUCCUUGCCCUCGUCAACUCGCGCCCCGAUUGCUUCGACCGCACUUGCCGCCCCGGGCACCUCACCGGCUCGGCGUGGGUCGUUUCGCCCGACGGCGAGCGGCAUCUGCUGCUCCACCACCGCAAGCUCGACAAGUGGCUCCAGCCCGGCGUCCACGCCGACGGCCAGACCGACCUCGCCGAGGUCGCCCUGCGCGAAGCGAUCGAAGACACCGGUUUGCAAUCGCUUAAGGUCGUUGCAAAUCACCGCGGCGUCGCCGUGCGCGACCUCGACGUUCACGACAUCCCCGCCCGCUACGCGCCCGACGGCUCGCUGGUCGAAGACGGCCACGAGCACCACGACGUUCGCUUCCUGCUCCAAGCCAACGCCGAUGAAAGCCUUUGCGUCAGCGACGAGUCGCACGACCUCCGCUGGUGCACGCCUGACGAAGUCGCCGCGUUGACCCAGGAAUGGAGCGUGCUCCGCCUGCUGGAGAAGGCCCGCCGGCGACUAGAUCGGUAG